GUGACCCUGGGAGACUGUUCCCCUCCCUCUUCUUCCAAAUGUGGGACUGCAGCCCCUUCUUAGUCAUCCCAGCACUCCAGCAAUCCCCAGGUCCCCAUGACCCUCCCCUGGGUAUGUGACAGACACUUUCCCUCAGGCCUUCCUGCAAGGCCUGGCCUCUUCCCAAGUAACUCACCAUGGUCAGAUCACAGACCCAGACCCAGAAUCAUGGACCAUGUUCUAGAACCCACUAGCCUCUCCUAACCCCUCAUAUCCUUCUAUGGGUCUACAGAGCCUGACCAAUUCUUCCUCCCUCUCUGACAGAAGUAGGUGAUAUGGGGACAGGGCAGAGUGCCUGCCUGGGUGAUGAAUGUGUGAGGUGACUGCGCCUUGAGCUCCCGAGCUGCCUUGAUGAUUUCCAUUAGACUCUGCAGUGCGAGCAAGGCUGGCUGGAGGUGGCCAGGCUGAGGACAGAGCCCUGCCCCUGUGUGAGGAAUGGGGGGCUGUUCAGACCUGGUGGUCCUCAGGUGCAGAGCAAUCAGCCUCCCCUAUCUCUCAGGGCACCUGAAGGGUGUGAUUUACUGUCUUUUCAGAUAUUGGAGCAUGGAGUGUCCAGCUCAAGGGUGUAUCCCAAGACCACAAGCCCUGACACAUGUUAGAAUAUCCUGGCCUGAUUUAACUUUCACCUUAUCUUAGAAAAAAUUAUUUUCUUGUAGAGAUGGGGGUGCUGUAUUGCCCAGGCUGGACUCGAACUCCUGGGCUCAAGUAAUCCUCCUGCCUCAGCUUCCUGAGAAUAGUAGCUGAGAAUAGCUGGGACCGGGGUAUGCUACAAUGCUGGAUCACCUUAUCUUCUAUAAGGCUAGAAUUUUCCAACAGCUCUGAGUCCCCCACGUGACUUUUUAAAUGUAUUACCCUCCUGCGUCACUGAACCAUCAGUGUGUUCCCCAAAUUGUAACGUGCAAAGUGACCUCCUCAUCCCACAGUGUCGCAAUGGUAAGCACCAGUGUUCCUCUGUAGAGGGACCCUUCGCCUACGCUCUUUCCUAAGCAGAUGGAUCUGUGGGGCAAGGGCGUCUGCUGAAUGGUGUGGGGGUGGGGUGUAGUUACUUAGAAUGAAGCACUCUUUCAGAAUCGUUAUUUAAAACACAUCUAUCUGCUUGAUUUCAGUUCCUUGGGCAAAGCCCCACUGGAGGGGCUGGAGGGAAAGUAGGGUCACUUGGAGAUCCUGGAUGCCAGCCCCUGAGGUUUGGUCUUCAUCUCACUGCGGGAGGGGUAACGCCAUGAGCCAGUCUAGGGCAAUGGGCUGCAGGGGUGAGGAGGUCUGAGAAUCUGCGGAGAUUAAGUUGAGGGACUCCAGGAGACUGCUUGGACCCCCGGAGUGAGGAGAGGGAGGGGCCAAGGAGGGAGGUCAGCUGGGGCGUACCCAGCCCGGGAAGCAUAAGGGAAGGCUGUCACUAGGGGCGCCCUUGCGGGUCAGACACCAGGAGCGCCGUGGCGGGUGGCCCCUGGGGGGCGCCACGCAGGCGGGGCACUAGGAGCAUCCCUACCCAGCUCACCAGAGGCCGCGGCAUGCGGUCAACAGGGGGCGCCGUCGUGGGGGCGGCACUGGGAGUGCCUUCCGGAGAGACGCAGUCGGCUGCUACCCUGGGAUGGGUCCCUGGUUCCAGAGCCCGGCCUGCGGGCAGCGCCCCCGGAGGUCUGCCCCCUCCCGCGCUGGUUCCCUCCUGCUGCUGCUGCUGCUGAAGCCUGCGGGUGAGUCCUUCCCGAUGCCUACCCCACCCGCCCAACAUGGCCCUCGCCUUCCACCUCUAAUCCUCUCGGCGUCCUCCGCAGGUUGCUGGGGCGCAGGGGAAGCCCCGGGGGCGCUGUCCACUGCCGAUCCCGCCAACCAGAGCACCCGCUGUGCCCCCAAGGCCACCUGCCCUUCCGGCUGGCCUCGCCUUCCCCAGCAGGCCCCGACCACCCAGACACUGCCCUCGACCACCCAGACACUGCCCUCGACCACCCAGACACUGCUCUCGACCACCCAGACACUGCUCUCGACCACCAUAGCGACCCAAUCCCCAGUUUCUGAAGGCAAAGUCGACCCAUACCACUCCUGUGGCUUUUCCUACGAGCAGGACCUCACCCUCAGGGACCCAGAAGCCAUGGCUCGACGGUGGCCCUGGAUGGUCAGCGUGCAGGCCAAUGGCACACACAUCUGUGCGGGCACCAUCAUUGCCUCCCAGUGGGUGGUGACUGUGGCCCACUGCCUGACCCGGCGUGAUGUUAUCUACUCAGUGAGGGUGGGCAGUCCAUGGAUUGACCAGAUGACGCAGACCGCCUCCGACGUCCUGGUGCUCCAGGUCAUCGUGCACAGCAAGUACCGGGCCCAGAGGUUCUGGUCCUGGGUGGGCCACGCCAACGACAUCGGCCUCCUCAAGCUCAAGCAGGCACUCAAGUACAGCAAGUACGUGCGGCCCAUCUGCCUGCCUGGCACGGACUAUGUGGUGAAGGACCAUUCCCUCUGCACUGUGACGGGCUGGGGACUUUCCAAGGCUGAUGGUAUGUGGCCUCAGUUCCGGACAAUUCAGGAGAAGGAAGUUAUCAUCCUGAACAACAAGGAUUGUGACAACUUCUACCACAACUUCACCAAAAUCCCCAGUCUGGUUCGGAUCAUCAAGUCCCAGAUGAUAUGUGCGGAGGACACCCGCAGGGAGCAGUUCUGCUAUGAGCUAACUGGAGAGCCCUUGGUCUGCUCCAUGGAGGGCACGUGGUACCUGGUGGGAUUGGUGAGCUGGGGCGCAGGCUGCCAGAAGAGCGAGGCCCCGCCCAUCUACCUACACAUCGCCUCCUACCAAAACUGGAUCUGGGACUGCCUCAGCGGGCAGGCCCUGGCCCUGCCAGCCCCAUCGAGGGCCCUGCUCCUGGCACUCCCACUGCCCCUCAGCCUCCUUGCUGCCCUCUGACUCCGUGUGCCCUCCCUCCCUUGUGGGCCCCCUUUGCCUCCGUGCCCAGGUUGCUGCGGGUGCAGCUCUCACAGCCCUGAGAGUCAGGGUGGCGAUCAGGUACUCAAUUAAACAUUACUCUUUUCCAUG